GUUGAACCUGCAACAGCUCAGCCUUCUUGUCGCUACUACUGUGGCAGUGACCUAGGAAGCUGUUCCUGUUCCAGCUCUUGCAACUACUAUGGCAACUGUUGCCAUGACUACCACUAUUACUGCUACACAACGGAUUAUCCUGUCACAGCGGAACAAUCAUGUCGAGACUACUGUGGCAGUUACCCUGGAGGAUGUUCCUGUUACAGCGACUGCCAUUACUACGGCAACUGUUGCCAUGACUACUACACUUACUGUGAUACAACAAUGUACCCCACCUCAGCUGAGCCCUCAUGUCGCUACAACUGUGGGAGCUAUCAGGGAAGCUGUUCCUGCUCCAGCUCCUGCGAAUACUAUGGCAACUGCUGUCAUGACUACUACUCUUACUGUGGAUCCAGUACACCUUCAGAAUCAUGUGGAGGCUCGCUGUUCAGCUCUGGCACCUUUUCCAGCCCUAAUUAUCCCUCCUACUACAACGACAAUAGUUACUGUGUCUGGCAGCUCAGAGCUUCUCACAACCAAAGAAUCUACCUGGUCUUCACAUUCCUGCAGUUGGAUACCUGCUGCUCUUGUGACUACAUCUCAGUCUAUGAUGGACCGUCAGUCAGUUCGCCACGUUUAGCAAAAGUCUGCAACAACGGCUCGACCGCCUUCUUCUCCACGUCGGAGUACAUGACCGUCGUCUUCCAGACUGACGGUUCUGUGGUUGCACGAGGAUUCACUGCAGAGUUCUUGAGCUCUUUGAAACCAAACUCAGGUCGAACGGAUUGCUCCUCAGACAGCAUGAACAUUAUCCUGGACCGUGCUUACCUAAGCUCGUUGGGUUACGACGGCCACAGUUUGUAUCUGAGGGAUCCUCACUGCCGGCCACAGAUUUCCUCCUACAACGUGGUCUUCAGUUUCCCGCUCAACACCUGCGGCAACUACAGGGAAGUUAUAAAUGACAGAAUUGUGUACACCAACAACAUCUACGCUUACUCCUCCACCUAUGGAGAGAUCACGCGGCAGUCUCAGUUCAAGAUGAACGUCACCUGCAUCAUGGAGAAGGACUCCAUUUCCCAGAUCAUGUAUAUUGCCGAUGGCGAGUUAAACACCACCGUCACUGGCUCAGGCAGAUACAACACCAGCAUGGAUUUCUACAGAUCCGGCAGUUUCUAUGAUAAGGUGACCACAUUUCCGUAUGUAGUCGUACUCAACGAAUACCUGUACGUCCAAGUGAACUUGAGAAGAGGUGACAGCACUCUGGUACUCUUCAUCGACACCUGUGUGACUUCUCCAUCACCUUUUGACUUCCAUUCUAGACCUUACUUCCUGGUUAAAGACGGAUGUCCUGUUGACAGCACCUACUACUCUAUUAGCAGUGGUUCUAGACCUUACGCCCGUUUCAGAUUUAAGGCUUUCCAGUUCCUCCGAGCUACAGAUCAUGUGUACAUGCAAUGCAAAGUCAUAAUCUGUCCCGCCUCCGACUACAAUUCCCGCUGCCGCCGUGGCUGCAGGAGGCGGAGCAAAAGAAGCCUGGGGUCAAAGCACGACACCCAGACUCUGGUUGUGGGUCCCAUCACACUGAAAGAUCUUAAAGACGAGGAAGGGGCUGAAAAGCAGAAUGAGGCUUAACUCCUCUGGAAUCUACUUCAAUCAACUUUCAUUACACUGAAUUAUACUCACCAUCUACAUUCUUCUUCUUUCUUUUAACCUGAUUAAAGGCAUCAACAACAAAAAAAUGUCUUUUAUUUUGGCAAACUCAAACACAGAAGACACAAUUAUUCAAUCAAUUUCUCUUUAAUCCAAAAAGAUGAAGAAAAAAAACUUAAGGCAAAGUUAGGUUAGAAAACACUUAGAAUUUAUCUCACAUUUUACUAAUCAUGGAGAUCUUAACGUGAGAAGGCUUUAGUAUUUUUCAUGAAUCUACCACACAGAGAGCAUAAGGCAACCAUUACUGAUGUCCCCAGCACUGCAAGAACAGCACCAAGGACAUGCAUCUAAAAAAACAUUAACUAUGUUUUCCACAUGGGUUGCUAAGCAACAGACAACAGUAGCCAAGACAAAAGACGACCUUGCUAAAGUAGCAGUUUCACUGCAAUACAAUUGUACUUGUUUGACACAGAACAUCUAUCCAAUUAUUCAUGAAACAAUACUCAAUACAUGUUUUUUUUUUUUUUUUUUAGAAGCACAGAUUUAGAUGACUGAUGGGAAUUUUCAAGGCGAGUUAUCGCAAAGUCCAAACGUGGCGAGCUACGUGGCAGUUCGGAAAUAGUCUUUACACGUCCUUAAAUGUGGAAACGCUGGAUAUCAACGUAACUUCAUACCAAUAUCAAAAUAUAAGAGGCAGUUAAGAUCGCUGCAUAUAGGAGAUAACAGUAAACGACUGAUCAAAAAAGAGAAAAAUUAUUACCGGUGAAAAGUUUGGCCUGAUUUUACAGUUAUCAUACAAACAGCUGACAAUAAGUCUCGUCUUUCAGCAGCAGGAGAUUUUGGCCCAAUAAGAAAAAAAAACAAAACCAAAAAAUAAAAUAAUGGCCACUUUACUCUUUUUCCAUCAAAAGGUUUUGGCUCAUUCAUUUUUUUUAAUGUAACAAUAUCAAUUCAUUAGUAAAAACAAGACAAAAACAGUCUUUUUCAGCUUGGACACUAGAAAAUGACUCAUUAGGCACUGCAAAAGUAAUAAACUUUGUAAUAUU